AUGGGUGUGAUUCUAGAAUUGGGGAUACUUCUCGGAGAAAGAAGCGCAUCUGAACGCCAAUCCGACUGUUUCGAGGCAGAUUACAAUUGCCAAGUUGCCCUAGUGAAAGCUGAACAAGAGAAAGUUAUUAAGCUGGAAGGAUAG